AUGGUCGUCACAAGUUCGGGGAGCACCCGGCACCACUCUGGCCGAGAAUCGGCUACCCGUCUUGGCGAUGAAAGCGGCCUUGUGAACGAGACUACAAGUCUCCUGGGACCUGGGAGAGCUGUUCCCGCUGAUGGGGAUCAUUUAGGCCCAGAGUAUGGUGCAACACAGUCAGACGAAGAUGUCAUCAAAAAUGAUGAAGGGAAACCCCUGCCUCUGCGUCAAAUUUUAUUUCUAUGUUACGCCAGAGCGAUAGAACCCCUGGCUUUCUUUUCGAUCUUUCCCUAUGUGAGCCAGAUGGUUCAGGACAAUGGCAAUGUCUCAGAUACGGAUGUUGGGUUCUACAGCGGAGUCAUCGAGUCUCUGUUCUCUUUGACACAGGCUGUCGUCAUGCUAUUCUGGGGCCGUCUAGCCGAUCGCAUCGGGCGUAAACCGGUGCUAGUCUUUUCCUUGAUUGGCGUAACCAUUGCGACGAGUCUAUUCGGAAUGGCAAAGUCUAUAGACCAAAUGAUCUUAUUCAGGUGCAUUGCCGGUGUCUUUGCCGGGACUAUCGUCACCAUCCGAACCAUGAUAGCCGAGCAUAGCACGCCCAGCACUCAAGCCCGAGCAUUCAGCUGGUUCGCUUUUAGCGGAAACUUGGGCAUUUUUUUCGGUCCUUUGCUAGGUGGUGCGCUUGUCGACCCCGUACGCCACUGGCCGAGUAUAUUUGGGGACAACCGGUUCUUUCAACAUUAUCCCUACGCCCUUUCCAGUUUUGUCGUGGCGCUAGUGGGAGCCACUGCUGCUCUUUCCAGCGCCUUAUUCGUCGAAGAGACACUGAAGAAGGAACCGGUUAUUACUGCUGGCGAUGGCGAGACAGCCGAAAAUCAGCCACUAGUCAAACACCACGACAUGUCGACAUUGGAGCUCAUUAAGGCGCCGGGAGUCGGUAUAGUUAUCUACACAUAUGGACAUAUCAUGAUCCUCGCCUUUGCUUACACAGCCAUUGUGCCUGUGUUCUGGUCCACACCCGUUCACCUCGGAGGAUAUGGCUUUACGCCUAUGCAGAAUUCAUUGCUGAUGGGCAUGAACGGUGCCGCUCAGGCUGCGUGGCUCCUCUUGGUAUUCCCACCACUGCAGAAAAGGAUUGGAUCAAAUGGGGUCAUCCGCCUUUGCGCAGCUGCGUACCCGGCCUUUUUACUCUCUUGUCCACUUGGAAAUGUCCUUUUACGUGCGGGGACCACGGCGUCCACAAACGUUUUUUGGAUCUUUGUUCCGAUCUCGCUGGUAAUAGGUUGUGGUGUAAGCAUGAGCUUCACAGCAAUUCAGCUAGUUGUCAAUGACGUCUCACCGUCGCCGAAGGUCCUUGGUACCCUUAACGCUUUGGCAUUGACCGGGAUCAGUGUGUUGAGAGCUUUGACUCCGGCUCUCUCUACUAGUCUUUUUGCCAUUGGGGCGAGGACGCAACUGGUUGGUGGUCACGCUAUUUGGAUUCUCUUAGCAUUGUUCGCCUCCGGAUUGUUGCUCGUGGUUAAGCACCUUCCCGCACCUAUGAAGUAA